GAUUUGCCCCCAACGUCCUACGAUGGCAGCCAUCUGCCGUGGAAAGCCUACCGUCAACAUGUCCUUGGCGCUUAUCGCAUAAAGAUAGUCGACCUGGCACCGAGGGAGAGGCUCCCUUCAACGCUUCUGUCCAUGAUAGAAGAGGAACUGCCUCGCGCCGCCAGAUACGAUGACCUCAAACAAGCAUUCCGAGAGCAGGUGAUCAAUGGCCGGGGCUUUGGACCUUCACCUCUAUUCCCCCCGAACUUACUGCCAUCUAUCAAUGACGAAACAAGACUUGCUCGAUGCAUGAUCCCCAAUUUCAGCCGCGAAGCUCUCCCUGAGCAUGCAAUCAACCAGACGGGGCCCCUCUACAAGCUCAACAUACCACGUUCCGGACUCGGCUGUGGCUUUUCUGCCUCUGCUAUGACAGCAGAUGAACUGAACGCCCUACCUUCAUAUCUGGUGACUACGGGGACAAUUGUCCACUUCGAGACUGGAUACAUCUCACCUGGUGCCGCGAUGUAUUGUCCUUUUCUGAUUUUCGAACGUGGACAGGGUGACAAAGAUACCCGCCUAGAAGCCGCCAACAACCAGUGUGCCACUGGGGGCGCUUGUUGUCUUCAAGCACUUCAAAUGUUGUACGCCAAAGCCUGGAAGGGACAAAUGAUGCCUGAACUGCCCAUCACCUUUUCCUGCGUCAUUGAAAACACUUUUGCCGUCAUGAAUAUACAUUGGAUCGACCACAGCCAAGCGUUCUGUAUGGCGCCUCUGGUCAAGUUCGACCUGACAAAGGACGACCACUUCAAUCAAUUCCACGUUUGGGUCGACUCGAUUGGCAAUUGGGCGCUGACACACAUAUUGCCACUGGUUAAGAUGGCUUUGAAUCGAUUGCGUCUGACAACGAGCACUCCACCUCCUACUGCACGGGCACCUCAACUUACGCUCGACACGGCAGACUAUCCCAAUGAUGCGCUUGUGAAGUCUCUUCGGACAAGCUUUCAAAACAUACCUUGGCGGUUUGAAGACGACGAGUAUACUCCUGUCAGCAGCAGUACUGCAAGCUGGGGCAGUCCGGUGAUACUCAACGCCAAUUUCCCAUCUUAUCCAAACGUUCCUGCUCGUCACGCCAGACUGCAGACACCCACCUCUGCCAUCCAAAGAAAACAAUUCUCUGCGCUGCUUGGUCAGCGUCCCACACCACCGCCAGCUUACUCGGAGAACUCCGAGCUAAUCUGGCAGAAGCGAUUCGCGCACGCCAUGGACGAGGUCCGGGACCUGCAACGCCAACUCCAAGAACUCCAGAACAAAGUCGAGGAAUCGAACAUGUCCGUCCAGAACGACAUGUCUGGCCUCAGAAUGACCGUCAACUCGGUGCUACGUAAGGAGACUCUCAACCAG